UCAGAAAUGCAAGUUUUUACUUAGAAGAUUCUAUAGCAUGUGCAGACAGGUGAAGUAUGCCAGCUAUUAUAGUUUUAAAACAAGACCACUUGAGAUUAGAUGAGAAUUUCCUUACAUAGACAUGGUCUUUCACACACACACACACAAAUGUGUUUUGCUUAGAAACCUACCCUUCGUGCUGGCUGACAUUCCACAUUUAUUAGGAAAGAGUUACUUAAAAGCAUAUUGAAGGAAAACUCUAAGUGACAGAUUUCUUUUUUUCCCAAAGCUUUGUCUAAAUACCUGAAUCUUUAGGGGAAGAAAAAAAAGAAAUGAACUAAGACAGAGGUUGCAUAUGGUUUCUCAUACAUACAAUUCUUCAAAAUUUUUUCCAAAGUUGGUGAUAUUUCCGAUAUUUUCUCAAACCAGUGCACGUAGAUUCAACACACCGCGUGGGCUGUUUUUAGUUGAGUGGGAAUUGCUAAAGAUUUCCCAGUGCUAUGAAAUGUAACUUCCUGAGCGCUGUACUGGUGUAAGUUAUAUUAACAUUUCAGAGCUGAGAAACCCUGGGGUAUUACUUCUCCCUGGCAACUGCCUGCUUGAAUGUUCUCUGAACCCUGCUGCCUGAGUGACCUUCUCCUCCUUUGACUGGUGACCAGUCCAUUAAGAGUUUAGCACUUGCACUAGACAAACACCGUGUUUCUUUCCUUUGAGCCCAGGAGGGAAGGCUUUGAAAUGGCCCUGUUUUCUUUUCUCGUCACGUUACACAUUGAUUUCUAAGUCUCACUUGAUCUUGUUUGGAAUGAGCUCUGUGUGUGUGUGUGUGUGCGUGUGUGCACGUUUCCAUGCAUUGUGUCCACGAUGUUUCCCUGUAUCAUUUCUUUCAGAAGUGGAGAAUUUUGCUGUGCAGCUUUUAGCUCUGAGAAAGCAGUUUAUCUGCCACUGCCUCACCCCGAUCCACUUCUGGAAUAACAUGACUGGCCUUAAACAUCAGCAGGGUAGUCAAACCUCCAGGGGCAGUCAAAGCUGCCAUGAACGUUAAGAACCAAGUUCAUGGUUGAGAAUGCUGUGUCCUAAGGGGCUUUUCCAUGUAGCAAAGUGUGAGAUGUAGGGCCCCAGCUUUAUGAUCAGGGCUUCCCUAUUCAAAGCAAGGUUUGUUUCAAAGCUUUUGAAGUGAAGGAACAUCUGAGCCAUCCAAGGACAGCCUCAGAAGGGGAUGUUUUCUUGCUUAUGCCAAUGAAUCUCUCCAGCACUCUGUAAGCCCUGUUGACAUGAGGCUAAAGGCAUCUCCUCUUGCUGCCCUUUGGAGCUGUGAUCCAUCCUCUGCAUUUAUUUAUUCUUUGAUGGAGAACAUAAGACGCAAAGACCUUUUCCUGUUUAUUUUCACACUAUGCAGGUAUCUUCUCUUUAUUUUACACACACACGCAUACAUACACACACUUUAUUUAUGCACAUUUCCUUCUGACUCUUCCUCUUUUCUUAGCUUGAAGGGAUUUUGAACUUGGGGGGUGUCUUGAAGGCUCUCAGAUCUCUUUUUUCAUAAAGAGAAAGACCUGUGUAUGAUAAAGGGUGUGAAACAAGAGUCCGUGUCUUUUAAUAAAACAGCCAAAGCCACAGAACGUCCUGCGCAUUUUAAACACAACAGCCGUUCCUAUGUUUAAGCUUUCAGAUGUCUUGAUACAGUGAGGCCAAAGCUUUCAGUAGCCUUGCUCCUAUGGGGAAGGCUGCUGACGAUCAUUUUAUUGGUACUAAAAGGGAAAUCCAAUACCGAGGCCAGCACGGACUUCAUUUGGGUGUAAAUGAGCUCUUGGAAGCCUGAGUUGAAGGUUUCCAACCCCCAGGGCUUUCCAGGGACUCCAGGUUAACAUUAAGGGGUUUGCAAAGAGUUUCCCUUAGACUUGUUUUCAGUACCAUGUUUAAUUUCCAGAUGUUUCUCCCCGUUUUAUAAUUAAUAGUGCAUUGUGCUGUCUAUCAUGCGCCCCAGGUGUGUGGUCAGGGACAUGGUGAAGCCUGCUGCCUGCAAAACCCCAAGAAAUGUUGAACACCAGCCCCACCAGCCUUCACCGAGAUUGCAUCAACAAUUUGAAAGCUAUAAGGAGCAAGUGAGAAAAAUAGGGGAAGAAGCACGGCGUUACCAGGGUGAGCACAAAGACGAUGCUCCGACCUGCGGGAUCUGCCACAAGACCAAGUUCGCCGAUGGCUGCGGCCACCUGUGCUCCUACUGCAGCACCAAGUUCUGCGCGCGCUGCGGGGGCCGCGUGUCCCUGCGGUCCAACAACGAGGACAAAGUGGUGAUGUGGGUAUGCAAUUUGUGUCGAAAGCAACAAGAAAUCUUAACCAAAUCGGGGGCGUGGUUCUUCGGAAGCGGCCCUCAGCAGCCAAGUCAGGAUGGAACCCUCAGCGAUACAGCUACAGGCGCUGGUUCUGAGGCCCCGAGAGAAAAGAAAUCCCGGCUGCAGGAGCGAUCUAGGUCUCAGACCCCCCUGAGCACAGCCACUGCCUCUCCCCAGGACCAGGUUCCCCACAGCGUGCCACCCGACAGGAGAAAGGGGGCUGAGCCCUCACAGCAAGCCGGGAGGCCUGAGCAGAAGCAGGCUUCUUUCAGGUCUAGAAGUGAGCCUCCCAGAGACAGGAAGAAGACCCCAGGGCUCGCCGAGCAGAAUGGCAAAGGCGCCCCGAAGGGCGAGCGGAAACGCGCGCCCAGGUCCUCUGGGCAGCCCACGGAGGGGCUCACGGAAGAACGGGAGCGCAAGGAAAGGCGGGAAAGCCGAAGGCUCGAGAAAGGCCGGUCCCAGGACUACCCCGACGUGCCAGAGAAACGCGAGAACGGCCCGGCGGUGGAGGCCGAGAAGCAGAGGAAGGAGGAGGAGUACCAGACCCGGUACCGCAGCGACCCGAACCUGGCGCGGUACCCGGUCAAGCCGCCGCCCGAGGAGCAGCAGAUGCGCAUGCACGCGCGGAUGUCCCGCGCCAGGCACGAGCGGCGCCACAGCGACGUGGCCCUGCCGCGCACCGAGGCGGCAGCUGGGCCCGAGGGCAGGCCCGGCCCGCGCGCGCCCAACGCCGCCCGGGGCUCGCCUCCCGCCUCGCCGCGCGCCUACUCGGCCGAGAGGACCGCGGAGGCCCGGGCGCCGGGCGCCCCGCCGCUCGCCGAGCCCAGCCCGCCGGCGCCCCGGCCCGGCCCGGGCCCCGCCGACGCCCCGGAGCCCAGGGCCCCGGAGCCGCUCCGGAAGCAGAGCCGCCUGGACCCCGGCGCGGCCGUCCUCGUGCGCAAGGCCAAGCGCGAGAAGGUGGAGACCAUGCUGCGCAACGACUCGCUCAGCUCCGACCAGUCCGAGUCCGUGCGGCCGUCUCCGCCCAAGCCGCAUCGCGCCAAGAGGGGCGGCAAGCGGCGCCAGAUGUCGGUGAGCAGCUCGGAGGAGGAGGGCGUGUCCACGCCGGAGUACACGAGCUGCGAGGACGUGGAGCUAGAGAGCGAGAGCGUCAGCGAGAAGGGUGACUUGGAUUAUUACUGGCUGGAUCCCGCCACGUGGCAUAGCCGGGAAACAUCACCUAUUAGCUCACAUCCUGUAACGUGGCAGCCAUCUAAAGAGGGGGACCGAUUAAUUGGACGCGUUAUUCUUAACAAGAGAACAACCAUGCCCAAAGAAUCAGGUGCAUUACUGGGUCUGAAAGUUGUUGGAGGGAAAAUGACUGACGUAGGACGCCUCGGUGCUUUCAUCACCAAAGUAAAGAAGGGUAGCCUCGCAGAUGUAGUUGGACACUUGAGAGCAGGGGAUGAAGUUCUAGAAUGGAAUGGUAAACCCCUGCCGGGAGCUACAAAUGAAGAAGUUUACAACAUUAUUUUAGAAUCAAAAUCAGAACCUCAAGUUGAAAUUAUUGUUUCAAGGCCUAUUGGUGACAUUCCACGGAUUCCUGAGAGCUCCCAUCCUCCACUGGAGUCCAGUUCUAGUUCCUUUGAAUCUCAGAAGAUGGAAAGGCCUUCCAUUUCUGUAAUUUCUCCAACAAGCCCUGGAGCUCUCAAAGAUGCGCCACAAGUCUUACCAGGACAACUUUCUGUGAAGCUGUGGUAUGACAAAGUGGGCCACCAGCUGAUUGUAAAUGUUCUGCAAGCAACAGAUCUACCCCCAAGAGUAGAUGGGCGUCCCAGGAAUCCCUAUGUAAAAAUGUAUUUUCUUCCAGAUAGAAGUGAUAAAAGUAAAAGGCGAACCAAAACAGUAAAGAAAGUACUAGAACCAAAAUGGAACCAGACUUUCGUGUAUUCACAUGUGCAUCGUAGAGAUUUCAGAGAACGGAUGUUGGAAAUAACCGUGUGGGACCAGCCCAGGGUGCAAGAAGAGGAGAGUGAAUUCCUUGGAGAGAUCCUCAUAGAGUUGGAGACGGCGCUUCUAGAUGAUGAGCCGCAUUGGUAUAAACUUCAGACUCAUGAUGAAUCCUCACUACCUCUGCCUCAGCCAUCACCCUUCAUGCCACGGCGACACGUCCACGGGGAGAGCGCCAGCAAAAAGCUGCAAAGGUCCCAGCGAAUCAGUGACAGUGACAUAUCAGACUAUGAGGUUGAUGAUGCCAUUGGAGUGGUCCCUCCAGUAGGUUAUAGGUCAGGUGCUAGAGAAAGCAAACCUUCAACACUAACUGUGCCAGAGCAGCAGAGAACAACGCACCACCGAUCACGGUCGGUAUCUCCUCAUCGUGGCGAUGAUCAGGGGAGGCCGCGUUCCCGUUUACCAAAUGUGCCAUUACAGAGGAGUUUAGAUGAAAUUCAUCCAACAAGAAGGUCACGUUCUCCAACCAGACACCACGACGUGUCCUGCAGCCCAGUUGGUCACAGACCCGGAGAUGUGGACAGUCAGUGUCUAUCAGAACAAGACAGUGAGCUUCUCAUGCUUCCCAGAGCAAAACGAGGACGAAGUGCAGAAUGCCUACACACCACCAGACAUCUUGUUAGGCACUAUAAAACAUUACCGCCCAAGAUGCCCUUGUUAGAGAGCUGUUCUCACUGGAAUAUUUACAGUGACCUGCAGCCCUCCCUUGACAGGGCGAGGAGUGCUAGUACCAACUGCUUGAGACCAGAUGCUAGUUUGCAUUCACCAGAACGAGAAAGGGGUAGAUGGUCCCCCUCUCUAGAUAGGAGACGGCCUCCUAGCCCCAGGAUUCAAAUCCAGCAUGCGUCUCCGGAGAAUGACAGGCACUCCAGAAAGUCUGAAAGAUCUAGCACCCAAAAACAGACUAGGAAAGGCACUGCCUCUGAUGCAGAAAGGGUUCUCCCACCAUGUCUUUCUAGAAGGGGAUACGCAGCCCCGAGAGCGACUGAUCAGCUAGUCCUUAGGGGAAAACAUCCCGCUCGCUCCCGCUCGAGUGAGCACCCUAGUGUCAGAACACUGUGUUCUAUGCACCACCUUGCCCCCGGAGGGUCGGCGCCACCUUCUCCGCUCCUGACAAGAGUGCACCGGCAGGCCAGCCCGACGCGGUCCCCGCCCGCAGACACAGCCUUUGGCAGCCCUCGGGGCAGGCAGCUCCCACAAGUGCCAGGGAGGAGCGGCAGUGCAGAACAAGCAAGCUUAGUAGUGGAGGAGCGAACGAGACAGAUGAAAAUGAAAGUGCAUCGAUUUAAGCAGACAACAGGGUCUGGUUCUAGUCGAGAACUUGAUCGCGAACAAUACUCCAAGUAUAACGUACAUACAGAUCAGUAUCGAAGCUGCGACAGCGUCUCCGCCAGAUCCUCAGACAGUGACGUCAGCGACGUGUCUGCCAUCUCCAGGACCAGUAGCACCAGCUUCCUGUCCGAGCAAUCUGAGCGGCCCAGGGGCAGGACCAGUUCAUUUACCCCUAAAAUGCAAGGCAGACGGAUGGGGACUUCAGGAAGAGCCAUCACCAAGAGCACGAGCGUGAGUGGAGAGAUGUACACACUGGAGCAUAAUGAUGGCAGUCAGUCGGACACGGCUGUGGGCACUGUUGGAACAGGUGGGAAGAAAAGGAGGUCCAGCCUGAGUGCCAAAGUGGUUGCCAUCGUGACUCGAAGGAGCAGAAGCACGUCCCAGCUAAGCCAAACAGAGUCAGGCCACAAGAAGUUAAAAAGCACCAUCCAGAGAAGCACAGAGACGGGCAUGGCAGCCGAGAUGAGAAAGAUGGUGAGGCAGCCGAGCCGGGAGUCUACGGACGGCAGCAUCAACAGUUACAGCUCCGAGGGAAACUUAAUAUUUCCUGGAGUGAGACUAGGAGUGGAUAGUCAAUUCAGUGAUUUUCUCGAUGGACUGGGACCCGCCCAGCUUGUUGGCCGCCAAACCCUCGCCACCCCUGCAAUGGGUGAUAUACAAAUUGGAAUGGAGGAUAAAAAAGGCCAAUUAGAAGUUGAAGUGAUUAGAGCGCGAAGCCUCACGCAAAAGCCUGGUUCCAAAUCCACACCUGCUCCAUACGUCAAAGUGUAUCUUUUGGAGAACGGGGCCUGCAUAGCCAAAAAGAAGACAAGAAUUGCACGAAAGACCCUUGACCCCUUGUAUCAACAGUCCCUGGUUUUUGACGAAAGUCCACAGGGUAAAGUCCUUCAGGUGAUUGUCUGGGGAGACUACGGCAGGAUGGAUCACAAAUGCUUUAUGGGCGUGGCCCAGAUCUUGUUGGAGGAACUGGAUCUUUCCAGCAUGGUCAUCGGCUGGUACAAGCUGUUCCCCCCGUCAUCACUGGUUGAACCCACACUCACCCCCCUGACCCGUCGGGCUUCCCAGUCAUCUCUGGAAAGUUCCACCGGCCCCCCCUGCAUCCGGUCCUAAUGAACUCACACCAGUAAGACUCUACCUUCAGGGUAAUAAUCUGAACCAAGAUAUUUCAUGAUCGAAAGAAUGGCUGGAGACAGACAAUCAACUUGUGUUUUGCUGGUAGUCGUGUUUCAAUAAUACGUCCCUAUCGUUGUUUAAAACCUGGCUUCACAUGACAGAACAAGGCAGUUAUCAAAUACAGGAAGUCAAUGUGCUAGUGAGAAUCACUGAUGCUUCUGACAAAUGAGAGAGGGGAAACUGCAAAUUCACACACACACACACACACCCCAAAUCGAACUGGAAACUCUCACUCUGUGGAAAGCUGUAUUGUACCGGUUUUUUGCAAAAACCACAAGCAGUGUUAUUUCCCUGGGGUUGACAAGUUUUGUUUAUUAUUUGUGUGUUGUUUGUUGAUUUCAUUUUCUUGAUUUGUUUCGGUUUGGUUUUCACUGUAUUUGUUAUUUCCACUCGUGUUUGGCUGUGUCAUGACAGACAGGCCUAGUGAUAUUCACAGAGACCCUUCCUUUCUUUUUCCAAAAGCACCAAAAAAAAGGGCUGAAGCAGUCUCUGUAGCAUCUCUUCAGUGUGUGUACAACAAGACAAGAUGAGGUCAAUGCAGGGUUUCACUAGCUUUCGCUUUAUAAUCCUUCAAGGUUUUAUGUGUAGAAACCCAGAAAACAGAACGCUAUCUUCCAAAAACACACAACCACAGCAUCACUUUUUUUGAAUGAAGCGCAUAUCUGUUUGCAUUCUAAAACAUUAGUUUAUGUUUUCCACUGUUUUGCAUGGAAUACUUUUACAGAAUCGAGUCUGCAGCCAGUGCUAGGAGCUAAACUAACAGCAUCAGGGUACCUUGGAAACACUCCUGGUGAUGCCUUUUCCUUCCUGACAUCCAAAAAAAAAAAAAAAAAAAGACAAGACAAGUAUAUGCUCAUGUGUACAAACCAUAUGUUUGACUUCCCAAAAUGGUGACUAGAAAUGGACUUGAGCCUCAGACACUUUGAGCAAUGCCCGGGCUCCUCAGCCAUGUCUCAGUGUAGACACACCACCUGUCCCGGAAAGAGCAUGGUAUGGGCUAAUAUUCCACUGGAAAUUCCAGUCAAAAUAUUCUGCACUAAACGAAUGUUUUUUAUCCAAUUUUAAUUUACAUUUCUUUGAGAUUGAUGCAAGCACAAAGCUUGAUUUUUUUAAUGCAAAGUAUCUUACUUUUGGGGGGGGGCGGGAAAUGAAACAAAGUCCAAUUUCAAUUUGCAUUUUCUUCAUCUGAGUUUUUCUCGGCCUUGAAUUCCCUUGUGACCUUCUGUAUAUGUGCUACCAACUGCAGGCUCUGCAGGUGCGUUGAGAUCUUCUGCCUCCUUUUAUGGGUCCCUCCACUUUUGUGAUUUCACAGAUAGAGCAGCAUGACUUGGAACUGUUCAGAGCUGCAUGCACGUUUUGUAAAAAAAAAAAAAAGAAAAGAAAAGAAAGAAAGAAAAAGUGAAGAAAAGAAACAAAAGGUUAUUUAAUAAUGUAUGUUAGUUCCACAUAGGCCAGCUUGUAUGUUGCAUGUACUUGUACAGUUUGCUUGUUAAUUACUCUACUGAAAUAACCAAGAAAUCUAAGCCAUCCAUUUUUUGUUAUAGACAUUUUACAGGUUUCAGCCAGGCUCAGUAUGUGAGUCGGGAGUGAAAUGUCUAUAGAUGGACUUUAUUUUUUACCCUCUGGAAAACGUGAUGUAGUAUGGACCAAAUUCCUUCUAAUAAAUAUUUUGGUGUAGACUCCUCCUGUGGGGCUGUAACACAUGUAGACACUGUGUACACAUAGAUUUUAAUCCAUAGACAUACUGCCUGCACCAAGUGAAUUAUUUAUUAUUUACGCACGUCAGAACGACCUGCCCAUCGUUCCCAGGGCACAGAUUGACCACUGGUCACCAUGCUGAGCAGGAAGGACUGAAGCAUUGGUGUACUUCUACUAGAUUCCGUUCUGUCUUAGUGGCCAACAAUCAACUGAUUCUAAUUGGGUAGUAUCUUUCUAUUUUGACCACUUGUCUUAACACUCCCCUGUGCUUUUAAAUGAACUUCCAACUCAUGUAUGUAAACAUGUUUAAUAAAAUUUACUUUUCAUGUCA